AGUACGGCAUACAUAUUAGGACAUCGUCAGACCUCAGCGUCAGUACUCGGGUAUCAGAUUAAACGGCAUCGCGCCUCAGACAAAAAGGCAUCAGUUCUCAACAAAACAGCGUCGGGGCUACGGUCUCGACCAAUCAGGCAACAGGCAAAACGGCCUCAGACUAAAAAGCAUCAGCUCUCGCGCAACAAGGCAUCAGGCGAAACGGCCUCAGACUGAAAGGCAUCAGAUGACUCUAGAAGUGGCCACGCCCCCCCCUCCCGCAUGACGUCAAUGCCGCAAACCCUUUUUGAGCAGCACUUUUACGGCAGACAGACAGGUACACGCGAAAGCCAGAUUGCACUGAAAGGAUGUGGAUUCCUAUGCUGAGUCUGACUGCCCUGCCUCACUUGGGUGGGAUAUUUGGAGGUUUAAUCACAAGGAAGGAGGUGAAGACAUGGUAUACGACGCUUAAAAAACCUUCAUGGAGGCCUCCUAAUGCUGUUUUUCCAGUGGUGUGGACCACUCUCUACACUGGCAUGGGGUAUGGUUCAUACCUCGUGUGGAAUGAGCUUGGAGGCUUCACACAAGAUUCACUGGUUCCACUCGGGCUCUAUGGGACACAGCUUGCUUUAAACUGGGCCUGGACCCCAAUCUUCUUUGGAGCACACAAGAUUCAGCUGGCUCUGAUAGAGCUAGUGCUGCUCACUGGUACAGUGGGAGCUACCAUGGUGUCUUGGUAUCCCAUCAACCGCACUGCAACACUUCUCAUGGGACCAUACCUGGCCUGGCUUUGCAUCGCUACCACCCUCAACUACUGCAUCUGGAGAGACAAUCCAGAGCCUAAAGAAGAUUAAAGCCAACAAAAAUGAACACUACACUAACUAACGUCAUUGAUUUGUUUUUAUAUAGUGCACACAGGAAUUUUUUACUUCACUUGGUAACUAAUUUUUUUUCUAUUAGUCUAAAAACAAGUUAUAUUUCCUAAAUACCAUAAAGACAACAAAUAAACAUUGCACUGUUCAGUUCCAUCUGUUCACUUAGGGUUGGUGCUUUACACAGAUGUAAUUACACGUUUUUCCAAAUGUGAAAUCUCAGAUUAAAGACUUGAAAAAUA